GAUAAUAAAUAAGGAAGAAGAUUAACUAAAAAAGAAAAGAAAAGAAAAGAAAAGAGCACUGACUGCUGAUUCUUAUUUUGUUAAAUUCCUUCAUAGGAGAGUGUCAGUUAGCUCAACGGCCAUUAGAGUAGGGUCCGAUGAUGCUGAAGAACCACGCGCUUCGAAGCCUCAAGAGAUUUCUUCCAUGUCCGAGGAGUUUCACCAGCCACCACGCCUCCGAGAGAGUCGACUGCGUAGUGAUCGGGGCUGGCGUCGUCGGAAUCGCCACGGCCAGAGAGCUGGCCGCCAGAGGCAGAGACGUUUUGGUUAUAGAAUCGGCUUCCACAUUUGGCACCGGUACCUCUUCUCGCAACAGCGAAGUCAUUCAUGCCGGGAUCUACUACCCUCGCAAUUCUCUCAAGGCUAUAUUUUGUGCGAGAGGAAGAGACUUAUUGUAUAAAUAUUGCACUGAACAUAAUGUUCCUCAUGAACAAAUUGGUAAGCUCAUAGUUGCAACAAGUUCUUCAGAGAUUCCAAAGCUGAAUGAUAUUAUGAGACGUGGAAUCCAAAAUGGGGUUCCCGGAUUGAAGAUGAUGGAGGGCUCUGAAGCCAUGAGAAUGGAACCUGAAUUGCAGUGUUCGAAAGCAAUACUAUCACCUCUUACUGGGAUUAUUGAUACACACUCAUUAAUGCUAUCUUUAGUGGGGGAGGCUGAAAACAAUGGAGCAACUUUCUCAUAUAAUACUACUGUUAUUGGUGGCCAUGUCGAUGAAACUCGAAUUCGCCUUCACAUUGCUGAAACAAAAUCUCUUGAAAAUGGUUUGAGGUCUUUAAUUCAUCCAGAAUUAGUACUUAUUCCUAAUCUUGUUGUAAACUCAACAGGCUUGAGUGCCCCUGUCCUUGCUAAGAAGUUUGAUGGCAUACACACUGCAGAAAUCCCACCUGCUUAUUAUGCUCGUGGUUGCUAUUUCACAUUGAAUAAAAUGAAGAACCCUCCUUUUAAACAUUUGAUAUACCCUAUUCCAGUAGAGGGUGGGUUUGGGGUGCAUGUUACCCUAGAUUUAGAUGGUCAGCUGAAGUUUGGUCCAGACGUUGAAUGGAUUGAUGGUUUGGAUGAAAUUUCAAGCUUUCUAAACAAGUUUGACUACACUGUAGAUGCCACUCGGGGGGAGCUAUUUUACCAGGAUAUUAGAAAGUACUACCCAAAUUUGAAGAAUGAUUCUCUUCAGCCAGGAUAUGCAGGAAUUCGACCAAAAGUUUCAGGUCCUGGACAGCCACCGGUUGAUUUUAUAGUACAGGGGGCAGAUAUUCAUGGUGUAGCUAAUCUUGUCAACCUUUUCGGAAUCGAGUCACCGGGUUUAACAUCAAGUUUAGCUAUUGCAGAGCACAUUGCAACCAGAUUUUUAUGAUGGGGAACCCAUCUUUGCAGUGCAUUGAAGAUUUCUGAUAUAAUACAUUCAAAUACUAUCCUCUUCAUUGUCUGCUUCCAUAAAAGCCAUUUUUCUCUCUUCCAACUCGGACUUUUGAGGAGAGGUAAUUUGAGUUUCACCGUAUGAAGAUCCUACAUAUUUGUUGUAUCAUGUAGUACUCUUACCUGUUGUAUAAGGAGAAAAACAUGUAAAACAUAUAUAUAAACUAUAUAUAUAUACUGGUGUAUUUGGUAAUAAGAUUAGUGAGUACAUUAGUAUGAAUAAGUAAAUUUGUACAUUCUCAUCCUAACUCAGAUUCCAGAUUUAUGAGAAGAAAUAUCUAUAUUUUGAAGUGUCUGAAGUGACAUGAAGGCACAAGAAUCUUUUAACUUUAGAUGCAUCAUUACCCUGGGACAACUUCCCUCCACAACAAGCACUAAUCUCCUUUUAGGAAACUUUUUCCACUUUAGCACAAUUUAUGUGGAAUCAUAAGGAAAAAAAACCCUUUUAAUUCAUGCCAUGUGUCAGCAUGCUGUAAAUUCUAGUAAGAUGGUGCAUUUACUCAUUUUUACAAUAAGAGCUUUAAACUCACUUUAUAUAUGUUUUGGCUUUGCAGUUGGUAAAGCAUACCUCCUUUUAAAUAGAUAUCUUACUUUUGUUUGAUAUAGGGUUUUUUAGAUGUGUUACCCAUGUUGGAAUUAGGUACAUUUGUUACUCAACCGAGCAUACCAAGAUUCUCAAUGUAAACACUCUUUCACAAACUAAGGAAUGGUGUAUUUUUCACCAACUUUUUUCACCAUCCGGCAUUGAAAAAGGACUUGAGUGCAUGAUUUUUUGAACAAGAAAAAUUCUAAAAAAGGAAAAUCGAACAGUUUUUAAUCAUUACUGAUCCCAUCCCAACAUCACAUCGGUUGUACAAAAACACAAGACAUCGAUUUCUAAGCGAAUGACAUCUAAAACAUGUCAACCGACACAUCAUGUUUUUACAUCAUAACUAUUCUCUCUACAUCUCCAAGACUACACACCUAAACAUUUUUAUACGUGCACAAGAAUCUUUAGAUACAUCAUCACCUAGAGACAACUCCCCUCCACAAAACAAUACCACCACACCACACACACUCCCUAGAUGAAUCUAAAUCUAAAAUACCUUCACUUUAGCCAGACAUGAGCGACAUGGCUCGUCUGAAAUCCAGAGAUUUCAGGGCUGAGCCCGGAAAAUGCUUAUUAGGAACCCAUAGUUCACCAUCAGGUGGCAACAAUAUCCGAGGUUGCUUAGUCUUCUUGCCUUCAUCUCCAGCUUUCUUUGUAGGGUCAUCUUCUUUCUUGUUCUUCACAUAUUCAAAGAACUCCGCGACUUGGCGAGCAUACUGUCUCUUUGCAUCAAUGUCUUUACUGAAAUCAAUGUUGGGUUCACAGUCAAGAACCAAAGCAGGUACCUUUUGAAUACUUGAAUGCAUAUGAUUUCCUUCUAAGAAGAACACUCUCCCCCUAAUAUCAGGAUGCAACGAAUUGUCUGAAUGUAAAGGUAAUUUAUUAACAGACAAGACCCCAUGAUUGCCACUUUCAUAAGGGAAAAGCCAGCUCUCAUGCUUUUCAUGCAGGUCACUGAGAUACUCUAAUGUCACUCCUCCUUCCUCGUUUCGUUUUCGCAGCUUCAUUCUCUUGUGACAAGUAUCAGGGCUUGCUCUAAGGUAGAUGAAAGCAUCAGGAAUAAGCCCAGGCAAACAUGAAACAACUGGAUCAAACCAUGAGUCAUAAAUGCUAAUCUCCAUCUCAUUCAUCCAUUUUGCUUCAUGCACAGCUCUCACAAACACCAUUCUAUCACUAAAAACACUCCUUUCCAUCAACCUAAGUGGCUUUAUACCACUAGAUGACUCUCUCUCCUGCAUAACCCUUGUCACAAAAACAUAGUUCUGAAAAGUAUAGGCAUACCUCUGAGGCUCAGCAUAGAAAGCAUCCAAUAUGUUGAAAUGGUCUGGUCCAACAUCUUGCCACUUGUUAAUGGGUUCAGGAACAACCUCAACAAGAUCACGUAGCUCAAUUGUUUCAUUAGCUAUUCUUUGAAGGAAUGUUGUCUUUCCAACACUGAUAUUUCCCUCAACACAGAAAGUAAGCCGUUUCUUCUUCUGGUUUUGGCCUGAAAUCUUCAUAUCUUCUUCAUCAACACUCUCUUUGAUAUAAGUAGUUAUACUCUCGGCAUGGUUACGGUGAAUAAUUCCUACAGAAUCCUGCAAAAACUCCACCAUUUUUUGACUAGAUUUUCCGAAGAAGUUAUCUUUAUACAAUUGCUUCAACUCAGCAACACCAGAAAUACCUUUCUCCACCAGUUUUCUCAAAUUUCUUGGACCCACUCCCGGAAUGGUCAACAAGUCCGGGUUAUCGGUCAAACCACCACCACCGGACGACGAACCCCUUUGCCUCCUGUUAUGCGACCGCACAGGCGGCUUCUCCUCCGAACCCUUUUCGGCUUCUCCACCUUCACCAUCACUAAAACACACCAAACCCUCUUCAGAUUUCUUCGUACCCUCAACGGCAGUUUGAAGCCACGCGGCCCUGUGCCCUGGACGCCGGCCGUUCUUACACGCUACCCACGCCCGAAACGGUGCCCUGUUCCCGGUUGAGCAUCGGCAAAUGCUGCCGUUUCUGGAAGCCGCGGCUGCGACGGCGGCAAAACGAGAAGAAACGGUAGAAGCGCGUGUCUUGGAGAAAGAGCCGGCGAGGGCUGCGCCGCUAGCGAAAGAGGAAGCGGUGGGCAUUGGGAAAACAGAGGAAGAUAAAGAAGAAGAAGAAGAGAGAGAGGGGUUUUUGAAAGCCAAAGGGAUUGAGUUUUUAUGGAUGGAGAAUGAAAAUGGAGCUAGAGUAGGACUAGUACACAGAGGAGUACAAAGAAUGGGGCUUUUCCUCCACAGUUUCUGCAUAACUCUCAAGCAUCUCUAAAACCCUUUGAGGUAUACUCUCUAAUGGUAACUCUACAGGGCGGGAAGAAGAAGAAGAAGAAGAAGAGAGAGUAUUAUCUAUAGUCUACAGUGGAGGAGGGUUUUUGAAAUGAAUGGGGUUUGUUUGUUUUGUUGGUUUUGUCAGGGUUUUGAGAAUGAAUAUUAU